CACACCACAAUAUUUAUCAUGAUUCAAAUUCCUCUGAUUCAGACAGCUAAUAACUUGGGUAUAUGCCCUGAAAGACUUCUGGAAUUUCGUCUUCUGUCCACACCUGCGGACAUGACUUUUAUCAUGAUUCUAGUAGAUUCAGCAAAUGCUCGCGGGACCGAUGGUUCCGAAGAGAGAAAAGUCCCAGAGCUAGACUGGUAACAGAGAUAUCAGAGCAUGGCAAUAAAUACCAAAUUGGGCCUUCGGCAGGAUAAUGGAAGCUAAGACUGUUGAAUUCAAAACAAAGCCCAAUAUUAUGAAUUAAAGAUAAGCAAGUGGUUGGAUUAGUAGCCCAAAGUGGAUGGAUUCAGAGGUUGAAGGUUCAAUCUUUUGGGCCAUUGUCCCUGCGUUUCUAGGCUAAAUCCUGAAUUUUAUAAGAGUCAACAUUUAACGAGCCGGCCUGGUAGGAAUGGGACAUUCCUGUAGCUUAUAGCGAUUAUGAAAUUCUAUGCCAACCAUGUCAAGGAGUUGUCUGGACUCCGGAACUUUCUCCAUCUGGCAAAACCAAAGAUAGAAAAUUCGAUAAAAUCAACAGGAAGAGGACAUUGAAACCUGUUUGCCCUUCAUAAGUCACCAAACUAGAAUUGCUUUGCUAUGGCUGAGAACCAGCGCACUGAAAAAGAACCUGGUGAAUUAACAGAUUCAACACCAGUCUCACCAAGAACUUACGGGAGUUUGCUUGGUUCAAACACUGCUCCCAAAAUGGAAUGGCCCGAGUUAAUAGGGCUGACCCCAGAGGAAGCAGAGAAAAAGAUUAAGGAAGACAUGCCAAGAGUCCAGAUUCAGGUGGGAGAAGCUAAUUCUUUUGUUACGAUGGAUUUCAACCAAGGACGGGUUCGAUUAUAUCUUGAUCCUUCAGGAAAAGUUCAGAGUACCUCCAAGAAUUGGCUAAAACAGCUUCUCUCCAUUCUAAAUUAUAUUAUUAUAUCAUAGUAACAGGUCCUUAAUUUUUCUUAAUGUGCUUGGAAAUUGUUCAUCAGUUGUGAACUUCCUUUGUAAUAAAUAGUUUUUUAUUGUUGUUUCUUUCUUUCUAGUACUAUUACACUAUUAUAUGAAUGGUUAAUAGAGAACCUGUUACAGAUCAUCUUUUAACCAAAACUAUGGUAUUAGCUACCAAGCAAUAUGAUAUAACUUUGGACUAGCUUGCAAAUGAAGAUAGGUUUUAGUUGUUAGUAGUUUAGAAUGUGAUGUAUUUUAUA